AUGUAAUAACAAUCGACAUAAUAACAAUAAAGAUAAGAUACGGUUGUGUUAAAAGAACGAGAAGAAAGGAGAUUUGAAGAGUUUUUUAAUAAAUUUUCAAGAAAUGGAACUUCUUUAAAUUUUGCCGAUAUUUUAAUGUUUGCAUUAGAUCGAAGUCUUGUUACAAAUGGUAAUAAUUUUAGUAUGUUUUUGACACAUUUCGAUGAUGCAUUGGGCGAUUUCAAAGGGGAGAGAGCAUUGAAUAAACCAUAAUUUUAUUUCUUUUUGAAGUAACUGGCAAAGAAAAUAUUUCAUAAUGAUCCUUUACAUUUAGAGAAGAUGUUGAAUGAAAUAUUAUCUGAAAAAAGUACAGUGAAGGAUCAUAAUGUAGAACCAAAUCGAAUAAUUGUACUUGAUGAAACAAAUAAAAGAUUAUUAGCUGAAUCAACUAUUUCAGCAAUAUCAUAAUAUGAAAGAGAAAUGAAAAAUAUAUUUACAAUAUAUAUGCAAGAGAAUUUAUCAAGAGGUAUAAUAAUGUUGAGAUGGAAGGAGAUUUAAGUUUAGAACAAAAAGAUGAAUAUGGUAUCAUUAAUAAGAUUUUUAAGAGAUGCAGAAAUUGUACCUCAUAUACUUUCUAUUGAAUAAUUAGAAGAAAUACUUAUUAAGAUAAUUCCUCCUAUAAAUAAUAAAGAAUAUGAUUUUUUUUAAAAAGGGUAUUUCAUUUAAAUUUAUGAAAAAAAUUUAACAGAAUGCAAUGAUACAGAUCCAUAAAUUUUAAUUCAUGAACUUUAAUUACUAUUAGCUAGAAUUUCAUUUGAAUUAGGACUAAAAGAGGAAGGAGGAGGUAAUUAAAAUAAUAGAAAAUUGGAUGUUGAUAAAUACAUUAGAAAAUUCUUUGGGGAAUAGAUGUUAUUUAGAAAGAAUGAGAAUAUUGAAGGUCCCCUUCCAAAUUUAAAUAGAAAAAUAAUUAAAAAUUUAGAAAAGUUUACCAAACAACUCAUCAAUGAUUUAAGUGAUUUUGAAGAAAAAGAUUCUUCAGAUGAUGAACCAGAUGGAACAGAUGAAUUAUAAAGAAUUGCUGCUUUAUAAGGAUCUUUAUUAUUUGAAUAAGGUACUAUUAUUAUUAUAUACUUAUUAAGUAUCUCUUAACAUUCCUGUUGAUUAGAUUAUUAAAAUGCUAGAUAAAGAAUUACCUUAAAUUCCUCCUUUACCAUAAUAAGAGAAAUAAAUGCCAAAAUGGGAUCCUGAGAAAAGAGUAACUAUUGGAAAUCCAAAACCAGAAUCACCAAAAAAUAAAAAUCCUAAACCUAAAGCUGCUAAAAAAUAAUAAUAAAGAAGGAAAGCCGGUGAACCAGAACCAAGAAAAAUAAUUUUUGAAUAAAAAACAGAACCAAAAUAAUCAGAAUAAUAUAUUUAAGAAUUAGCUGAUAAAUUGAAAUUUGAAUAAAAACUUAUUUCAGAUGUUGAAAGAGGUUCACUCUCAGAUGUUUAGGUUGCUCCUGUACUUAUACCAGAAGUGUUAUAUCCUCCAAAUCCACCAUUAGAUGUACAAUUCUUAGUAGAAGCAGCUAUAAAUUCUCAUAAUGAAGCUAACUUUGUUUUUGCCAUAUAGAAUUAUGAUGAUGCAAGAGUAAUAAUCAUUUAAGUAUUCUUAGAAAAAAUGGAUAUCUUUAACUGGAAGAGAUCUAACUGAUGGAUUAGAAUUAUAUUUUGAAUUCAGUAAGGCUACAGUUUAUGAAUCAGCUGGAAGAGAUGAUUUAGCCUUAAUAGCAUAUUUAAAUGCUCGAUAAUUUUCAACAAAAUUACCAACAAACAAUCCUGAUAAAGCAUUGUCUUAUUGUGGACUUGGAUCUGUUUUUUAUAAUACAGAAGAGUAUGAUUGGGCACUUAGAUCAUUUCUAAAAGUAUUAAUCAUAUAUUUAUUAAAUAUAGGCGAGAGAAUAUAGAGAAAAUAGUAUCGGAGUUGAAACAGUAGAUACUGCUACUGUCUACAAUAAUUUAGGAUGUUGUAUGUACAUGUUAGAACGAAAUAAAGAAGUAAAUAAUAACCCUUUAUAUAUUUAUAGUCAUAUGGUUAUUUUAAAUUAGCACAUGCAAUAUUGGAAUCUUAAUUAGGAUAAUUUCAUCCAAGAACAUUAACUGCAGCUAGAAACAUUAACAAAUCUAAAAAUUGUUGGUUUGAAAAUAAACCAGAAUUUCCUAAAUUGUGGGUUGAAUAUGCAUAAGAUCCUUUUGCUGGAGGAAAAAAGAAAAAAAAAAAGAAGGGAAAGAAAUGA